AAGACCCUAGUUUUAUUAUUUUGGGUUUUUGAAGAAAAAGAAGAUGAUGGUGGCUUGAUAUUGAUGUUUUUAGACUUGGUCGUUUCUGGGUUUCAAAACCUUUGGGUUGCUUUGUUCAAAGGGGUUCUGGGAGAAGACUUUUUUUCUUUAUUUGAAUAGGAGAAAGGCAAAACGAUGGCGAGUGAAUCACAGGUUACUAGAAGAUCACCGACAAUUCAUCAUAUAACGAACUCGGCAGGUGAUCUUGAGAAUGAAAUUGGCGGCGUAGAUUUUGCUAGGUAUACGGUUCAUAUUCCUCCUACACCUGAUAACCAGCCAAUGCCAAUGGAAAUUGCUAUGCAAGUAGUGGGAACCGAGGAACAAUACGUUUCGAAUUCCAUGUUUACAGGUGGUCACAAUCGUGUUACUCGUGCUCAUUCUAAGAAGAUCGUUGAUUCCGGCACGAGCCAUCCCCCGAUGGUCGUUGCAGAAGGGUCAUUCUGUGAAAUACCUGGAUGCAGUGCGAGGAUGAUGACUAAUAGGCAGGGCAUAGAUGUGUUCCCCUGUGAAUGUGGUUUCAGGAUUUGUAAGGAUUGUUAUCAAGAUGCAAUGGGAAGUGGUGAUGGAAUUUGUCCUGGAUGUAAAGAGCAUUACAGGGGGUUGGAUGAGUCUGAGAUGGCGUUGGCUAGCCAACUACGGUUGUCUACAUCAGAGAGGAGGUUGUCGAUGGUGGAAUCAAAAGAGUUCCUGAUGAAGAGUCCUAGUAAUGAGUUUGAUUAUACUCAAUAUUUAUAUGAGACAAAUAAGAGUUAUGGGUAUGGAAAUGCUGUGUGGCCGAUGGAUGGUGCAAGUGGGAGUAAGGAUGAGAUUGGUGGUGACCCUAAGGUAUUUCGUGAGAAGCAAUGGAAGCCUCUUACACAGAAAUCAAACAUACGUGCUGCAGUUCUUAGUCCAUAUCGGCUCCUAAUCCUUAUUCGAAUAGUGGUUCUUGGAUUAUUUUUAGAAUGGAGAAUCACGCACCCAAAUGAAGAUGCAAUCUGGUUGUGGUUUAUGUCUGUGAUUUGUGAGAUCUGGAUUGCCUUUUCUUGGCUGCUUGACCAGCUUCCUAAGCUCUGUCCCGUUAAUCGUGCUGUUGAUCUUGAUGUUUUACAAGAAAAGUUUGAAACGGCUAGUUCGAAUAAUCCCUCAGGAAGAUCUGAUCUACCAGGAAUUGAUGUCUUCGUUUCUACUGCAGAUCCUGAGAAAGAACCACCUCUUGUCACUGCAAAUACAAUUCUUUCGAUUCUGGCAGCUGAGUACCCAGUUGAGAAGCUUGCUUGUUAUGUUUCUGAUGAUGGAGGUGCACUACUAACAUUUGAGGCCAUGGCAGAGGCUGCCAGUUUUGCCAGAAUUUGGGUCCCUUUUUGCCGGAAACAUGGUAUUGAGCCAAGAAAUCCAGAAUCCUAUUUCAAUCUGAAGAGAGAUCCUUACAAGAACAAGGUGCGACCAGAUUUCGUAAGAGACCGCAGGCGGGUAAAGCGUGAGUAUGAUGAGUUCAAGGUUAGGAUCAAUGGCCUUUCUGAUUCAAUUCGACGACGUUCUGAUGCCUUUAAUACUAGAGAGGAGGUCAAGGUUUUGAAGCGUUGGAGAGAGGACAACAGUGAUGAACCAAUGGAAGGUUUAAAGAUCCCAAAAGCUACUUGGAUGGCUGAUAGCACCCAUUGGCCUGGCACUUGGACUGUUCCUGCUCCAGAGCAUUCUAGGGGUGAUCAUGCAAGUAUCAUACAGGUGAUGUUGGAUCCUCCCAGUCAUGAACCUCGAAAAGGAACUGAAGGGGAUGGAAAUUCAAUGAAUCUAAGCGAGGUUGACAUUCGUCUUCCUAUGCUUGUUUAUGUUACUCGUGAAAAGCGACCUGGCUAUGAUCACAACAAGAAGGCUGGGGCCAUGAAUGCCCUCGUUCGAGCCUCUGCAAUCAUGUCCAACGGGCCCUUCAUUCUUAAUCUUGAUUGUGACCACUACAUUUACAAUUCUCUAGCUUUGAGAGAAGGAAUGUGCUUUAUGAUGGACCGCGACGGGGACCGUAUUUGUUAUGUCCAAUUUCCUCAGAGGUUUGAAGGAAUUGAUCCAUCUGAUCGCUAUGCCAAUCACAACACUGUCUUCUUUGAUGUUAACAUGCGUGCUCUUGAUGGAGUUCAGGGUCCAGUAUAUGUUGGAACAGGAUGCCUUUUUCGCCGCACUGCCCUGUAUGGCUUUGAGCCACCUCAGUUGCAAGAAGACACUGAUUGCUGCAGCUGCUGCUUUCCACGUCUCAAGAAGCCUGCUACUGUUGCCUCUGCCCCUGAUGUUGACCCUGAAGAUAUUCAGUUGAGGGAAGAUGAUGAAAUGAAUAUCGCUCUUAUUCCUAAGAAGUUUGGAAACUCCAGUGCACUUAUUGACUCUGUCCGGGUGGCAGCAAUUCAAGGCCAGCCCCUUGCAGAUCAUCCUGCUGUCAAAUAUGGACGACCACCUGGUGCUCUCACUAUGCCUCGGGAGCCUCUUGAUCCAUCCACCAUUGGGGAGGCAAUCAAUGUUAUCUCAUGCUGGUACGAAGACAAGACAGAAUGGGGGCAAAGUGUCGGGUGGAUUUAUGGAUCAGUGACAGAAGAUGUGGUCACAGGGUAUAGGAUGCAUAAUCGUGGGUGGAGAUCUGUUUAUUGUGUGACCAAAAGAGAUGCUUUCCGUGGAACUGCUCCAAUAAAUCUUACUGAUAGGCUUCACCAGGUUCUUCGCUGGGCCACUGGCUCUGUUGAGAUAUUCUUCUCACGCAACAAUGCCCUACUAGGCAGCCCUAGGCUUAAGCUAUUACAGAGGAUUGCUUACCUUAAUGUUGGAAUAUACCCUUUCACUUCCAUAUUCCUUAUCGUUUACUGCUUCCUUCCUGCACUUUCCCUAUUUUCAGGUCAAUUCAUCGUCCAGACUCUCAACGUAACAUUCCUUGUUUACCUCUUGGCCAUCACCCUGACCCUUUGUGCUCUCGCGGUGCUAGAGAUCAAGUGGUCUGGCAUUGAACUUGAAGAAUGGUGGAGGAAUGAGCAGUUUUGGUUGAUUGGAGGUACAAGUGCUCAUCUUGCUGCAGUGCUCCAGGGGCUGCUAAAGGUGCUUGCCGGCAUUGAAAUAUCAUUCACCCUGACAUCAAAAUCAGCUGGUGAUGACGUGGAUGACGAUUUUGCUGAUCUCUACAUAUUCAAGUGGACAUCUCUCAUGAUACCCCCACUCACAAUCAUAAUGGUUAACUUGAUUGCCAUAGCUUAUGGAGUUUGCCGUACAAUAUAUAGUACUGAUCCUGAAUGGAGUCAUUUGCUAGGAGGUGUGUUCUUCAGUUUCUGGGUAUUGGCUCAUCUCUACCCUUUUGCGAAGGGUCUUAUGGGAAGACGAGGGAAAACGCCUACAAUUGUAUAUGUUUGGUCAGGUCUUAUUGCAAUCUCCAUUUCUUUACUCUGGGUGGCCAUCAAGCCCCCAUCAGGAAAUUCUGAUAUUGGAGGGUCGUUCCAGUUCCCAUGAAUUACGGGACUUUGAGCCCUCUCUUAUUGUUUUACACAGGGGAAGGUUUGCAAACAUUCUUAUACUCAUUCUUUUAAAGUUAUAGAUGUGAUCUUAGAGAGAUUAGAUUCAAUUUAAAUUCCAUUCCCAUGUAUACCAGUUUCCUUUUCUUUCUUGUUCUCUUUGAUGUUUUAUACUGAGUGCUAGGAUUCUUUGGCAGUGUACAUACAUUCAUUUUUUGAACCAUUAUCAGCAAGAGAUGCUAGCUUUAAUCUCUUUUCAAAUGGAAUAGAUGUUUCCAGAUUCCAGCAGCAA